GUGUUCAGAUCACAGCUCAGUGUUUCUUCAGUCAGUGAUCAAGAUGCCUACAGAGCAGGAUUACAGCCAGUUAGCCAGUGGAAAGCCUAUGGCCUCAAUGGGUACCCAGGGUUUAUUUUCAUACCAAACCCUUUCCUCCCGGGGUGCCAACGUCAUUGGGUGAAACAGUGUCUCAAGCUAUACCCCCAAAAACCAAAUGUCUGCAACCUGGACCUGCACAUGGCUCCUGAGAAGACCAUUGACCUGUGGGGACAGAGCAAGGAGCAGCUGAGAAGGAAAGGUUCCAGUAAAUGGGAGCCCAGAAGCUUACUGGAGAAGCUCCGCUGGGUGACCCUUGGUUACCAUUAUAAUUGGGAUACUAAGAAGUACUCAGCAAAUCACCACACUCCUUUCCCCUCAGACCUUGCAUUCCUGUCAGAACAAGUGGCUGCAGCCUGUGGGUUCCAGGGAUUCCAAGCCCAAGCAGGCAUCUUGAACUACUAUCAUUUUGACUCUUCACUAGGAAUUCAUGUGGAUGAGUCCGAACUGGACCAUUCUCGGCCCCUUUUAUCAUUCAGUUUUGGGCAAUCCUCAAUAUUUUUGCUUGGGGGCCUGAAGCGGGAGGAGGCCCCAACAGCGAUGUUCAUGCACAGUGGCGAUAUCAUGGUGAUGUCCGGCUUCAGCCGUCUGCUGUACCACGCCGUGCCCCGGGUCCUCCCCAGCCCCGACGGGACAGCUCUGCCCUCCUGCCUGCAGCAGGCGCUGCCGGCGGGGCGCUCCGUCGUCGGGCACAGCUCUGAGGAGGACUGGCAGGUCUGCGCCAAGUACCUGCAGUCCUCCCGCAUCAACAUGACUAUUCGGCAGGUGCUGGCUGAGGGGCAGAAGUUUCCAGAGGAGUCUGGGACAAAGGGGAAGGGCCGGGUACCCUUUGAAGACAGUCACCGUCAGGACUACAGCAGAACCAAGAGACAUAAACCAAAUACAGACAGCUGA